AACUUGCGGUUCCAAGUAUAAUUAUAACGUAACAUAGACUAUAUCAAUAUAAACGAUAUUGUCACAUCUCUUAUCUCGUAUAAAAGUAUAUCCAUAUAUUUAAAAACUCGAUAUAUCGCCCAGUCCUAGAGUCUCAAGUGGCCAUUAAAAGAAUUACAGUUGGUAGAAGUUUGAUCGAGUUUUUCUUGAGUAAAUGCUACUCAUGUGGAAGGAAGCAUACACAUUGUAUCUUUCACUUAUCAAAGUGGUUUUCUGCCAGAGACAUAGAAAUGAACCAGGUCCUGUACGCUUGUUUGUGAAGAAGAAUUGAGCUGCAUUUUGAGCUAUGGGUGACAUGCAGAUGAUGUAAAAACACAGAUUUGAAAUUACUUUAUUAAUAGAGACACUUCAUGGGAUAAACUGUAUAACAGAUUGCAUACUGAAUACUGACUGUUCUUUGAUUUGAAACACUCUAUAAAAUAUAUUUGGUGUUACUCUGAUAACACGAGCUUUAGUUACAACUGUAUUAUUGCCAAAAUCUGUCUUAGUUUACUAAGAAUAUUCCAAUUUCCACUGGCUGACAUUCACAGGUCCCUGCAUCACUGACUAAUCUGCUUUUACAAGCUUCUUUUUUUUUCUUCCACGUACAGACUGUGUUUCAUCAGUGCAUUAUUCAUUAUACCACUGAAUAGAGAGGCUGUGGUUUAGCUAACAAUGAAAAAAGAUACAGUGUGGCCUUUGUGGCAGCUCUAUUAGAGGAUGGUAAAAUAAAUAAAGCACAGUAAUGACCUGUAAUUGGAUUUGUCAACCUGAUUUGAAAAGAAAAGCCAUGAUUUCCAUAAAACAUUUUGCAAAAUCAGUUAUCACUCAUCCAUUUAUCUACAGACACAAGCUAAUUUCCGCCUCGCUUUCUAUUUAAAAUCCUUUAUUUAUCAAUCCUUAACUUUUCGGGGGGGCCCUGAUUAUUUUGAAUGAUUCUUUUGAUAUAGUCAGUCUACUUGUUCUAGACUCCAGGAAGGUAAUCCCACUUUGUGUUUGUGUGCACGCUCGUCCAUAACAGAGAAAGUGGAGCCACAUCCAAAUGUUUACCACAUCAAUUUAUAAUAACUUAAAAGGAACAGAUGCUGUCAUAUAACAAAGUGUAGCUUUAAUAAAUAUAGCUGCUAUAGAGUCAGACCAAAACAAAGUUCAUCAGUCAGUUAAUCAAUAAAGAAUUUAAUGCUCUCUUCAGCCAAACUGUACUUCAGGUCAAGGUCACAUUUUUUGUUUUACGGUCAAUAACCUGUGAAUUGUGAUGGAUCAUGAACCAGAUGAUCUAGUCUGGUGGCUGCAAAUAGUGAUGAACAUUUUGAUCAAAACAUUGGACACUGUUUAUAGUUAAAGUUAUAAAGAUGCUCAUAGCUCCAAACCCUAAGCCCUCACUGUUAAUUACCUACAUACAGUUGGAUACUGCUGCAAGUGAUUGCACUGGAUGAACAAAAAAGCACCCUGCGUCAUAUGUCUCCAGUUAAAAUCUCUUCCCACAUAUAUACUGUAAUGAUAUUAUUUACGCAGUAUAUCAUUUUGAAGUCAUGAGUGUAAUCCCUGUGUUGUCCCUGUCUUCUCUAGUUGUCUAUAUUUGAGUGAUCUAUUCUGUAUAAAUAACUAUCCAAGUCACUUGAGGAGAGUAUAAAUUGACUAUAAAGUCUUUUGAAGAUCAAAGAAAACGUAUCAACUGAUACAAUCCUUUUUCUUAUCUCUACAGGCAGUCCUGGCCCACCAGAGUGGAUAUGCACCAGGAUAUUGAGGACAGUUUAGCAGCUUCGUCCAUCUCUCACGCAGGAGGCCCUCAGUCCCCUGCUCGCAGUGCUGAGAACCUGCUCAAUGGACAUCGCUCUAAGGCCAUGAUGGAGCUGGGCAGACGGGAAGAGAGCACGGUGACUGACUCUCCGGGGUCGGCACAGGGAGCGUGUGCUGCUGCUUCAGGUCCUGCUCCUGGCACCAUCAGGACUCCCACUCCCUCCACCUCAGCAGCAGCUAAGCAGCGAACCUGCCUGUUCAGAGUGGAGGAGGAUGAAGAGGAGGAGGAAGAGCAGGACCCGUCUCCCCUACCAACUCAGGUGAUCCUGCGGCGGAAGCCCCCCUCCAUCACCAACCGCCUUACGUCCAGGAAGAGUGCCCCAGUGCUCAACCAGAUCUUUGAAGAGGAGGGAGAGUCCGACGAUGACUUCGACAUGGAUGAGGGUCUGCCGCCCAAACUCAGCCGUCUCAAAAUGAACAUGGCCGGGAACGCCGGCACUCUGAGCUCGUCGUCGUCCCCGGGAUCCACGCAGAAGCGCUAUCAUCGGCGCAAGAGUCAGGGAAGGGGAUCGUCAUGCUCGAGCUCUGAGACGAGCGAUGAUGACUCCGAGAGCCACCGGAGGCGCCUGGAUAAAGACUCAGGCUUCAGCUACAGCUGGAACAGGAGGGACAGCAGUGAAGGGCCACCUGGCAGCGAGGGGGGGAACGGUGGAGGCAGCAGCUCAGGGCAGGGGAAGCCCCCCACUGAGGGAGGAGGGUCCUCUGGCCCAGACAGGGGGAGUCCUGGAGCGGGAGGUAACGGAGGAGGACAGAGUGGCAGUGGAGGAGGGGGGAGUGGGGGAGGAGGAGGGGGUAAUAAAGGACAAGACAGCCCUUCCAGUUGUUGUAACAACAGUAGCACUACUAACCCGUCCCUUGGCUCUCAGCCCCGGGCCUCGCGCACUGCAAGCCGCAGCGCUGAGCUGGUGGAGAGUCUCAAGCUGAUGAGCUUGUGCCUCAGCUCACAGCUGCAGCACCACCACGCUGGGAGAGGUGGUCGAGGGGGUGGGGGGAAAUUCAUCAUAGACCCCCAUAGCCUCUCAGGAGGGAGUGUGAAAAUCCAGGAGAAGUCCACCUGGAGGAUGUGCAUCGGGUCCACCGGGAGCCUGGACACCAUCACCCUCCCCACCACCACUAUCACCGGCCUGCCUCGCACCCAUGCCCCACAACACCAUCACAACCGCAAAACCGUGCCGCACAGCGGCCCGGGUGGCAGGAACACUCAUGGCAACCUGAGCACCCUGAAGAACAGCGUGAUUCAACUACCUCUGUGCGAGAAGACCAUCUCUGUCAACAUCCAGCGAGGUGGAGGCUCCAGGGAUGGCCUGCUCUGUACCUCAGCUCCAGCCAGCUGCUGCCAGGUCAUCUGAAGCUCGCUGUGGACCAUGACCCACCGACACCAAGUUUUCUCAGUCACUCUUCCCCUCCUGCUUCAGGUAGUUUCUUUGAACACUACUCUGCUUUUGAACCUUCCUGUCUAGUUUGCUGUAGCAGGUAGCUGAGCUCCCACAACCACCUGCCUCUCAGCUCACCACCUCUCCUGUCACUUUUUGUUCCGUGCCCUGCUCCCUACCAAUUGUUGGUGGUUAUAAAUGUCUAUUAGUGUUUUUAUGUUUUUCAUUAUAUUCUUGUUUUAUGUGUCCUGACUGCACUUUGACAUUCUAAAUGAUUUGUAUUAGAGCAUUUAAAAUAAGGAGGCUCGCAUUUAAAGUGGAUCUGUUCUGCUCAUUUCCAGCUUUGUGGUUUUUAUUCGUGGAUUCUAUUAGAGUGGCUUUGCAUGAGUCACUGUUUAAAAUAAUAAUUGCUUAUCAUUUUUAAUUUGACUGACUUCAUACUAGUUAGUUCACCCUCUGUCUGAAACAGUGUAAAAUAAGCUUCCGUACUGUUUCACGUAACAGCGCCUUUAUGAGAAAAGAAGGAAAAGCAGAAUAGGUCCACUUGAAGAGCAGAGCAUUAGGGCCACUGUGAAAAGCAUUUUGAGAAGUAUUUAUUGGAGUGUAAAUUAAAAAAAAAAAAAGGAAAAAUACCACGAGGUAAAAUUGUAAUUUUACAAACCUGUACAUAUAAAAGUUGUAACUGUAUGACAAAGUUGGGAAGAAAAAGUGAUUGUACUCUGAGAUAAAGUUUACAUUUUCUAGGAGAAGGUCAUUAUUAUAAUUAUAUUCCUGAAAACAUAUUACAAAAUCUUUCACUUUGUCAACCAAAGAAUGAAAGAUGGUUGAUAUAGACAAAGUUGAAUUUCUUAACAUUUUUGGCUCACUAUUUCUAACAAAAAUCCACAAUAAUAUCAGAAAUAGGUGAUAAUAAAUAUCAGCUGGAGCUGUUAAGAAGUAAUACUAACAGAUGGGUAAAUGGAACAAUGAAAUAACCUAUUUACAGUCAGCAUGCAGCAAAUGUACAGGUGCUAAAACAAACUUGUAUACAUUUGAUUCAUCCACUGUGACAAGAAGGUAAAUCAUUCUUUACAAAGGUCUUAAAUAACUGAUGUGCAGUUUAGUUUAGUCUGGAAGUCAGAAAUUUUGAGUGGCGUUGCAGCUUUCAGGAAGAUGUUCUUGGAAAACGUACUGCUUUUACACAACUCAAGGCUACAGUGACAGUUUGGUUUACAUUACCACUUUCAUGGGACCAGCUCACUCAGAAUGGUUGAUCAGUCUCAUAUAAGUACUUCAAGUAAAACAACAUUUAAAAAGGUUUACUGAAUGUAGUAGAAAUUUUCAGCUGUUUUUCAUUUGAGUGGGGGGGAAAAGCGCCUCAUUUUUCAUGGGGUCUAAAAUGAGCACAGCGUACACCUGUGGGUGUGGGAGGGGCUACUGGAAAUAAUUCAUCAAUGAUGGCAGAUUUCCAGAUUUAAUUGAUUUUCAGUAACAACUCCAAUUUGUGCUAACUGUGCUGCUAACAGCUGAUUCUUAAAAGUAAUUUAGUUCAAGUGUUGACCGAUUGGGUUCACAUUCACAAGACUGAGACACCGAAAAAGAAAAAAACUAAACAAAACUUCUCCAUGUCAGCAACAGAUUUGAUAAUCCCAGCAGACCCCCUGAUGUGAAUUUAAGAGGACAUCAGAGCAACAUGAAGUGGUUACAGCAGGCUCAAAGUGUUUAACACAGUUGUCAAUACUAAUUAUUUUAAAGAGCUGAAAUAUAUUUUUUGGCCUUUUUAAAGAGUAACUUCUUUCUCCUUUGACCUUGUAAAAUACUUAAUUUCUUCUUGAAAUGGCAAUUUUUGACUUCAUGGGGGUUUUUCACUUGUAAUAUUUUGAUCCUUUUCCUUGUAAAAUUAAAACUUUAGUCUCAUAACUUUUUCCGAUUCCCAUCAAAUCAAAGCUUCUUUCUCAAAGUAUCAGUGGUCCAAACACUCCAGGUGUAAAAAUCGAAAUAACAAGCACUUGUAGUUGCAGCUGUAGCGGGCAGCUGGCAGAGGAGAGGGACGGGGACGCCUGCUUAUUGAUACAACUCAAACUCACACUUCUCCCUCCUUUACGUCGAACCUUCGCUCCCCUCUGAACCUUAGCUGCCAGUGACAUCGCUGAUGAUAAAUAGAAAAACAUAAAGUGGAUUCCAUUCGUUUGAGUCCGUUCAGCGUAUCUGACCUCCUCUGUCCAUGGAGGCGAGAGGAGAUGGUGGCUUUUCACUCCACUCUGGGCUCUGUAUUGCACUCAGACAAUCUGUUUUCUGUUCUUUUUUAAGAACCAUGUAUCCUCUGCUGAAUUGAGCUCGGUGCAAACUGUUGGUCAUAACCCUUUAAAUCUGUACCAGUGUCUCUUUACAGAGGCGGCACGCUUUCAGCUUUUAAAUAACACACACACAGAAGCUGGUGGGAAGAAGUGUGUGUGUGUGUGUGUGUGUGUGUGUGUGUGAGGGCAGCAUUGCAUUGAUACUGUAGCAAGAUGAACAAACAGGUUUGGAAGAGUUCCUGCUGACCACACAUUCAAAAAUGAGGUGUUCUUAUUUUUUUAUUCACAUGAUUUUGUGUUGUUUAUUGACGGAACAUAUUGUGUUUGCCUGCCAUUAACCCAGCUGCUGCUGCAAGAGACAUGCAGCUGCUUAACCCUGAAGAAUGAUCAGAAUUUCUGCAGCAACUCCUCCUAAAACAUGCUCCGACGUUCAUCUCAGUAACACACACUUCUCGUGCCUUUCUUUUAAACAGAAUCUCUCAGCGCAGGCUUGAAAAAAGUAGCUCCUCUGACUAUGUUGAACCUCGUUUAGCAAGAACAACCUCCAUGUUUCCUAACGCUGUUUCUGAUGGUGCCUUCACACCAAAAGCAAAGAAAAAUUUCAUGCUGGACAAACGUUUCUGCAAAACAUCUUCUAGAACUGGCUGUGUUUUCAUCACAUACCGUGAGGCUUCAUAUUUCUGUGAUGUCAGCAUUAAACAGUAGUCUUCUCGCCAAAACACCUCAGGCUAAAAUCAGAUUUUUUGUUAUUAUUUUGCCAUAUCAACCUCAUUGUGGACUGCUGCACUGAUAUUCUCUUCUAAAUGUGUAGAAGAGAAAAAUACCAACAUUUAUUUCAUACAUUAGUAGUGGAAUAAAAGUACUUGGUUACAUCAGAGCCCUUGUAGAUUUAAGUCUUGGCACCUCUUUAAUAAUCCAUUUAAUUUGAAGUCCCCAUCUGAAUUUGCUUUUCCCCAGAUAUAAAAACCAGUCACCAGGCAAGACAAAUAAACACCGCUUUAAAACUUUGGUGACUUCGCCCUGUUACCCUGCAGUUAUCUUUGUACUGUGCAUGCAGCAUGUAGCAUGCAUGCAGCAUGUUUUUCCUAUGUAGCUCUAGGCAGAUGACCGGCCCUCCUUAGUUUGGUUCAACUGGAUGUUUCUUCCUGUUAAAAAGGAAAUUUUCCUUCCCACCAUCGUUUGUUUGCUCAUAGGGAAUUAACAGAUUGCUGGAGUUUUCUCUCUAAUAUUGUCGGGUUUUAACAGUAUAAAGCAACUUGAGGUGACUGUUAAGAUUUAUUCAUCAUGCCCUCUGUAGUGGACAAAAGUUAAACUGAAAGAUACUUUCCCCCCCCUCGGAUAUAGAUGAAACACAACUUUGUAAAUUGUUGCUUGGCUCUAUGGGCUUAGGAGCAGAAUUCAUAACUCUCACAUUUCUGUUUCUAUAUUCUCUGAAUGCCGUCACGUUCCUGGAUGUCAUAUCUGGUUACGUUGUAGCUGAAUGAGAAAUUAUCCAAAAAAAGAGAGACUGAUGAGAAGAGAGAGGGGAAAAAACAAACACCUUCAUUGCAUUAUUGUCGUACGUUUCUUCUUCAGGGCAUCCAGCAGCCAAAACCAUGUUGCUCCCUCCACUGUGCUUCAGUUGGGAUGAUUUGUUGAAUGUCCAAGAUGUUUUACACUUUUUUUGUUUUUCGUAAACAGCAUCUAUCUGUUAAAAGAUUUCUUAAUUGCUGACAUUGGACACUUUAAACAAAGGUUUUAGUCAUUUUAGGUGUGUUUCUGUGUUCGGUUUUGUAGACAGUUUGUCUUAAAUGAUACAUGUCAGUCAGCAAGCUGUGAUUGAAGAAAGGGGAAAAACCCCAUCGUCAGUUUGUGCCUUUUAAUAGGAGCUGCAUCUCUACAAACCAUACACCGGCUCCAUACAGAAACACCUGAAAUUACGAGUUUGUGUGUGUUACUUCAGUCACACCGCGUUUGUCUGCAAUUGUGACUGAGAUGAAAGUCGGAGCACGUUUUGAGGAGUGGGUGCAGAAGUCGUGCUGUUUCUUACGGGUUAAUCACUGUUGUCCUGCAGCCGUGGUCCUGCCCGCGCUCACGGCCCCCCCCCCCCCCCCAAAGUUAAGUGUACAUGAGGGUGCAGCGUAUGUAUAUACAGUGAAAAAGAAAGUUUAUUUUUUCAAAACUUGUACAUUUUUUUGAGCAAUCUGAUGUUUGAAAAUGUUUUAUUUUUUAUGAUGGGUGAGCGGGUGUGAAGCUUUGAGAAGCGCGUGCCCUGGGUAAACCGGCAGGAAGCGCGCACGAGACAGAGCCUCGCACCUUCCGGCUUUCGGAGCUGGCUGUAAAGACAAACAAACGAAAGUAAGAGAGAGGAAAGGGAAAAUGGGGGAACUCUUUAAGGGCAUUGGCAAUAAGCUAUACCGUGUGUUGCAGCUAUCUGUACAGAAACACUUCAUUAGUUUCUUUUUUUUUAGAUUCCAAACUCGUGCAGCGUCACACAGCAGCUGCUUCAGACUCGGAAAAAAAAUGAAAAACAAGGAAUGUUCUAAAUAUGUUUUCUCUCUUUGGUUGUCGUCUGAGAUUCGUUUUUAAAAACCAAAUGUAAAUAGAGUUGUAAAUACGGUGCUCUUUCUCUUUAUCUAGAACAGCCGAGUGAACCUUUUGGUGCAUAGCUGUACAGUAAUCUAGCCUUAUGAUAAUUACUGUAGUAAAACCGUAUGGGUGUCUCAGCUAAAAAUAAAGCUGUGUGAGGAAAAACGAUCCGAUUCUGUUCAUACCGUCGAGUCUGUUUGACUGUUGUCUUACUCAGCUGUAUCCAGGUGAAUGACGUGCAUGUGUUUCAAUGUUUGACAUUCAAUGACACUGAGGAGAGAAUCAGGCAGAAAUGUAACCGGACCAAAAAGCAACAGAAGAAGAAGAAAAUGGUUGAGUUGGAACUGACAGAUUUUCAGUGUAUUAUUCUGUAGUUGAUACCUGUUGUCAGAUGUUACAUAUAGCUAUGGUAAUAUCAAAAAAUAAAAUGUGGAAAACUGUCUGUUACA